UCCGCAGGGGGAGACGAGCCAACCAGCGCUGCAGUGCACUUUGGCAACAGACUCCGUUUCCGUCCGUCCGCUCGUUGUAUCCUAUACGUAUAUUAGGUGCAAUUACCUAUACAUAUAUACAUUCACCCACCACCUACAACAGACGAUCGCACAGAUCGUACUCCAGAACACGGUGUGCCAGCGGCAUCCUCGUCGUUGUUCUUGUUUUUUGACAGUUCGAGUGUCGUACACCUGCGACCAGUGUCUCCUCCUCGUCCUCAUCGUGGCCGUCGUAGUAGUCGUUUCCUUAGCACUAAGGACACAGGAACUGUCAGUCGGUGUAUACAUCGCGACAAAGAGACUACCCUCGGGCUUCCGCGCUAUCCCCAGAGUUGCGCACGUACCUAGAUCUCGCUCGCCAGUAGUUGUUCCCUGCAACAAGCCUCGGGACCCUAUCUGCACAUGCCCGCGGAUGCUGGUGCAGCUCUUCUCCAGGAAUUAAAAAGCUCCUUCGUGCUCUCUUUCGCUUUGUGUACAUAGGUAUAUACUUGCGAGACAAUUUAUAUAGAUAUAUAUCGUCGGGUGUCCGCGCACGCGCGCUGCUGUGAGAGUGUUUGUUGUUGUUGUUGAUCGUGCGUUGACAUAUUAUUCAUCGUUUGAUCAAAAAUUUGGUAAGGAUAUAAUAAUAUAUAGAGACCGUACGGACAGGUGUCUGUCGGGAGGAUGCCGUUCAUAUCAAAGGACUGGAGGAGCCCGGGCGAGGAGUGGGUGAAAACUGUCGAAGGCUGGGAGAAGAAGAAGAUCCUGGAGUGCGCCAACAACAAAACGCUCUCGCUGUUGCUACGGUCAGAAAGUAAUAUUGACAAAAGGGAUAAAGAUAAGGACAAAGACAAAGACAAGAAAAAAGAAGAUGCCGUCCAGCCGCACUGUCACAUCACGCUGAAGUGCACUCGAGAGAUCGCCGGUUUCAACGGCUUGAGCGACGCACUAAAGAGGCUCGACUUUUUGUCGGCAGUGCACGACUGCCGGCGCUUCAAUUACAUAGUGCGCCUACUCGAUCUCUUGGUGAGCCACCGCAUGGGAGGACUGAGCGGUUGCGCUCAGCGCGUCCUCUUCAACAUGCUCGAGGAGGUCGCGUUAGAAGUGUCCUUAUCGCAGCAGCAGACCGGCCGACUGCGUCGACUUAUCGAAAGGGUCCGAGCUUUCAGCGCUGGUUGCUGCUGGGGUGGCAGACCUCUCGGCUCAGUCAUUCUCUGGGAGAAACACAAAGCCGCUCUUGACCGAAUACUCCAGAUCGCAUCUUCCAUUACGAUAACUCAGCCAGACGAAAAGCAGCAGCCACAGUGGUCAGACCUGCCAGCCGAGUGUAGGCGUGAGGUGCUGCUGCGGCUGAGCGAUCCGCGUGAUAUCGAAGCCUCGUCCGAGGCAUGCGAGCACCUAGCUGUCUUGGCCCAGGAGCAGAGGAUCUGGCGUGAACUCGCCCAAUACCACUUCACGCCCCAGCAGAUCGCCACUGCCCGACUAAACAAUCCUGACAAAGACUGGAAAACUAUAUUCACUAUAGCCCGAAGGUCCUACGGUCUGCGAGAGGAGUACGCAGAGAUGAUACAGCUGUGCCGGAACUGCCGCUGUCUGUUCUGGCGUUCGCUGGGCCAUCCGUGCAUCGCCGACCAGGAUCCGGCCUUCCAGGAGAAGCUAGCCGACGUUGACCGGGCCUCCCUCCACGUACCGAUACCACCCCAGACCUUCCUCAAAUUCUUCUCCCUGUGAGCGCCCCUCGAUCAUCGUCAUUUUCAUUAUAUUUUUUAUUAAUAUACAUUGUUAUAACAAUCGACCGAUCCGUUGGUUAACAUAAAUUAUUAAUUCAUUCGUGCAGCAGCUGUUUUUUUUUUUUUUUUUUUUUUUACUAGUAUAAAUAUAAUCGUGUUCGUGCGUGCAUGUGAGUAAGAGACGCAUUGUUGGGAAAAGAGAUGUAUCUUAUGUUUGGAUGAUUUUUUUUCGAUUUUUUACGGUAUUCUUAAUUAUUUUUUCAUUUUAAAAAUGGGAAACGAAAAAAUAAUGAUUUUCAUAAUUUAUUGAUAUUUCUUAACUAAAGAAGAGUGAGGUUUGGUAAUCAGUGAUUAUGAAAAUUAUACGAGGCCACGUGUAAAAAUUACAUUGUUGUGUUUUAACAAAAUUUUUGUUUUCAUUGUUCUAAAUUUUAUGAUCUACUGAUUGAUAAAAAACAUCAAAGUUUGUAACAAAAUCAUUUUUUUAUUGGGAGUUAAGUUUUUAUUUAAUUUAAAUGAACUUUAUUAUCGACGCAUGAAUUUUAU